AUGGAGUGGAGUACGUUGCAGCAUCUAGAUCUGCGCCAUAUAGGGCGUGGCGUUAGGCCUUUGCAGCCUCACGCUGCUUCCUUCCAUCCUCAUCAAGCUCUCGUUGCUGUCGCCAUUGGAACCUACAUCGUCGAAUUUGAUGCAUUAACUGGAAGCAAGAUUUCCGCUCUUGACAUUGGUGCGCCUGCUGUUCGAAUGUCUUACAGUCCAACAAGUGGACACACUGUGAUUGCAAUCCUCCAGGAUUGUACGAUAAGAUCUUGUGAUUUUGACUUGGAGCAAACUUGUGUACUGCAUUCACCUGAGAAAAAGACCGAGCAAAUUUCUUCUGAUGCAGAAGUUCACAUGGCUUUAACCCCACUCCAACCUGUUGUGUUUUUUGGGUUCCCUAAGAGAAUGAGUGUGACAGUUGUUGGAACUGUUGAAGGCGGCCGGGCACCUACCAAAAUCAAGCCAGACUUGAAGAAAGCUAUCGUAAAUCUUGCUUGUCAUCCUCGCCUCCCUGUACUGUAUGUUGCUUAUGCAGAAGGGUUGAUUCGGGCAUAUAACAUUCAUACCUAUGCUGUUCAUUACACACUUCAACUUGACAAUACAAUUAAGCUUAUCGGGGCUGGUGCAUUUGCAUUUCAUCCAACUCUGGAGUGGAUUUUUGUUGGGGAUCGGAAGGGUACACUUCUGGCAUGGGAUGUAUCAACAGAGAGACCAAGUAUGAUCGGAAUAAAACAAGUUGGCUCACAACCAAUUAAAUCAGUUGCCUUUCUUCCCAUGCUGCGUUUACUUGUAACUCUAUCUAAAGAUGGAAAUCUACACGUUUGGGAAACACGUGUUACAGUUAAUCCUAAUAGACCUGCUACUCAGGCUAACUUUUUUGAGCCUGCAGCAAUUGAAUCAAUUGAUAUCCCUCGCAUCCUUUCUCAACAGGGUGGAGAAGCAGUUUAUCCAUUGCCACGAAUUAAAGCUUUAGAAUUUCAUCCAAAAUUGAAUUUAGCUGCACUAGUGUUUGCAAAUGUGACGAGUGCAGACACUUCAAAAAAUAAGGCCUCAUACAGUAAAGAAGGGAGAAAGCAGCUUUUUACAGUUUUGCAAAGUGCACGGGGAUCUUCAGCAUCUGUUUUAAAGGAAAAACUUUCAGCCUUGGGAGCAUCUGGGGUGUUAGCAGAACAUCAGCUUCAAGCUCAACUACAAGAGCAUCAUCUGAAAGGCCAGAGUCAUCUUACAGUAACAGACAUUGCAAGGAAGGCAUUUCUUUACAGUCAUUUCAUGGAGGGCCAUAUGAGAAUCUCUCCAAUAUCACGCUUGCCCCUCAUUACUGUUUUAGAUACCAAGCAUCAUUUGAAGGACUUUCCAGUUUGUGAGCCAUUUCAUUUGGAGCUAAAUUUUUUUAAUAAAGCAAACCGAGUUCUUCAUUAUCCAUCCAGGGCGUUCUAUAUGGACGGACUGAACCUUAUGGCACAUAACCUUUCUUCUGGGUCUGACACUAUCUACAGGAAGCUCUACAAUUCGAUUCCUGGAAAUGUGGAUUACCGAGCAAAAUAUUUGAUUCACAGUAAAAAGCAGCGCUUAUUUCUCGUAGUUUACGAAUUUAGUGGUGCUACAAAUGAAGUUGUGCUUUACUGGGAAAAUAGUGAUGCACAGACAGGAAGCAGUAAAAGCAGCACAGUAAAAGGUCGAGACGCAGCAUUUAUCGGCUCCAAUGAAAAUCAGUUUGCUAUACUUGAUGAGGACAGGACAGGUUUGGCUUUAUAUUCUCUGCCAGGAGGGGCCUCUCAAGAAGCUAAGGACAAUGAGAAAGUUCUUGAAGAAAAUCAACCUACUGAGACUAAUGUUGGUUCAAUUCGUGGCCCAACACCAUUUAUGUUUGAAGCGGAAGUUGAUCGUAUCUUCUCUACACCAUUAGAUUCAACUUUGAUGUUUGCUUCUCAUGGGAACCAAAUUGGACUAGUAAAGCUCAUUCAAGGGUACAGCUUAUCAACUUCAACUGCCAAUGGCCAUUAUAUAUCCACCAAAAGUGAUGGAACAAAGUCAAUUAAGUUGAAAAGAAAUGAAGUUGUACUUCAGGUGCACUGGCAAGAGACCCUACGGGGAUAUGUUGCUGGAAUUUUAACAACACACAGAGUCCUUAUUGUUUCUGCGGCACUUGAUUUGCUUGCAGGAACUUCUACACAUUUUGACAAGGGACUUCCUUCAAUAUCCUUUGAAUUUUUUCCUUUUUGA